CUUCACUAUGCAAUUCUAUUGAUAAAACAAAAUGUAAUUAAAGAUGUAAUAAUGUUCAAAACAGAAUGCUGAUCACAAAAAUACAUUCCUUGUAUGUUCUUUAGAAAUGCUGUAUGGCUACAGUCACUGAUGGCAGUGUUGUUACUUCCAAUGCUUGCAGCCAACUGCAGAUCCAUCUCAGAAACCAGGAAAAACACAUAAAACUACAUCUCCCAUGAUGCUUUGCUCCUUCUGACCAGCCAGCUCUACACUGAACAAGGGAAGCUAGUACUGCUUCAGCAUCUUCCUUCCAUAAAUAUGACUGAGCAGGCAGGCAUCCUCCCUGCAAGGAAUGCAGACACUGAAGAUAAGCUGAUCCUCUAUCACUGGACCCACUCAUUCACUUCCCAGAAGGUGAGUGCAGGCUGCUGGCUGAGUGUGUGAGGGUUCAGUCCCUGGACAGCUCCCACGGUACCAUGUGCAGGCCAACUCCCAUAGCCUAAUCUGUGGCUGUAGCUGUGACAAGUCUUAGAAUGGUUUGCUUUGUCAGCCGUGAAUUUACAUAAACACAAUGAGAUCAGCACUGAAACCAUGGAUAUAAUGUUACAACAGGGACGAUUUGCUACAGAAAUUAACCCAGUUAUCCCCCAGUGUUCCAUGCCUUGCUCCUCCCAUAUAUUCACAUGUAGAAUCAGAUGUGUUUUACCUAUGUAUCCCUUCUGCAUGUUUGUCACACAACCCUUUCUCCUACACUCUUCUGUCAUGUAUGCUGUUAUUUUAUUUACCUUUUUUAUAAUUUUACAUAUAACUGUUAUUCAAAUAUGAUUGAAAAAAAACUAAAACAUUUCUACAGCAUUAUUAGAAAACAAUAUUUUGUUAUAUGAUCCCAUCAUUCAAGACGUGUAGUUACACAUUUUCAUACACAUUGUAUAAUAUGCUAUGAAAUAUAUAUAUAGUAUUAUAUGCCACAAUAUAUAUAUAUGUAUAUAUAUAUGUAUAUAUACACACACUGAACAAAAUUAUAAACGCAAUACUUUUGUUUUUGCCCCCAUUUUUCAUGAGCUGAACUCAAAGAUCUAAGACUUUUUCUAUCUACACAAAAGGCCUGUUUCUCUCAAAUAUUGUUCACAAAUCGGUCUAAAUCUGUGUUAGUGAGCUCUUCUCCUGAACAAUAUUUGAAAGAAAUGGGCCUUUUUUGUACAUCAAGCAUGUUAAACUCGAAAGCUAGCAAGGGCCAAAUAAUCAAGGUUUAAGUUUAAGUUGGCCGCAGAAAAAAAAUAAAAAUAAAAGUUUGACCUAGAGGAAUACCAACUAAAAUUACUUGUAUUAUUCUCAUUCAAACAAUAUGUAAUCCUGGGUACAUAUAAAUAAUUUACUCGAAAGCUUCACCUCAAGUUACUAACUGUCCCAGUAGUAAUGCCAUGGUCUGGAGUGUCUGCUCCGCUCGCACCCUCAGCAAACUGCAGUCUCAGUCCGUUUGCUUUCUAGUCCCUCUGAAAUCUCCAGGCAUAGUAAGGUGUUCCUGCACACUCCGCUUUUACCCACCUUCCAUCCAUGUCUCUCUCCCCCCUUCCAUUCAUGUCUCUGUUUCUUUUCAUUCCAUGUCUCUCUCCACCCUUCCAUCCAUUUCUCUGUUUCUCUCCAUUCCAUGUCUCUCUACCCUCUCAUCCAUAUUGCUCUCCCAUACAUGUCUCCCUCUCCCCUGUUCCAUCCAUGUCUCCCACUCCUCUCCCCCAUCCAUGUCUCCUCCCCCUUCCUUUCAUAUCUCCUUCCCCUCCUCCCUAAGAUAUCUCUACCCCCACAUCUCCCUCCCCUUCCAUUCAUGUCUCUCCCCCAUGUCUCCCUCCCUACCCAUUCCAUCCAUGUCUCUCUCCCCCAUCCAUGUCUUCACCCCCCUUCCAUUCAAAGCUCCCUGCCCCCUUCUAUUAAUAUCUCCCUCUCCCCCUUCCAUUUAUAUCUUCCUCUCCGCCUUCCAUUCAUUUCUCCUUUGCCUCCAUCCAAUGCAUAUCUCUCCCCCCAUGUCUUCUUUCCUACACAUUUCAUCCAUGUGUCUCCCCAUCCACACCCCCCCCAGUCUCCCUCCCUCGUUCCCUAUUUUCAGGCAGCUGUACCCUUUACCUCAGGCACCGGCUCUGCUCUACCCUUCCACUUUACCUGACAUGGGAACCGCUCACUCUCCAGCUGCAUGCUGAAAGUUUAAGCACCGGGUAGUCACGUGACACCCGGCGCCCCUACACAGAGCGGGAGGCGCUCCCCCUACUGUGCUUGUGGGAACCGCACGCUGCCUGGGGGCACAAGCCAAGUCUGACAAGCGAUUUUUGUGCCCCCUUGACUGGCACUCCUGAUUAGCUGGGCCGCAAGGAAGUUUGUUGUUGGCUACGAGUUUGACAUGCUUGGUGUACAUAGAAAGGGAAACUAUAGUCACCCAGGCCACUUAUGCUCAAUGAAUCUUUGAGUUCAGCUCAUAAAAAAUGGUGGCAAAAACAAGUGUUGCGUUUAUAAUUUUGUUCAGUGUAUAGAAAUAUAUAUAUAUGUAUAUAUAUAUAAUUAUCAGUUUCUCUUUUUGCCACCAUUUGAACAGUAUUAAAUACAAAACCCAUGUUACAAUUUUUUAAGGCACCAAUAUAUUCUGCUGCGCUGUUUAAUAGAUACAAGUUAGGCAAAUAGGAAAAAGUAGAGCAUUGUCUGUAUUGAGAUAUGUGUGUUCAAAAUGUUGCUGCUGGUAACCCAUACAGAUCCAACUCAAUGGCCUUUAUGUUUAUUUAUGUCUGUUUUGCUUGCAGGUUCGUCUUGUCAUAGCAGAGAAGGCACUGAAGUGUGAAGAGCAUGAUGUGAGUCUCCCAUUAAAUGAACACAACGAACCCUGGUUUAUGAGGUUGAACCCCUCAGGGGAAGUCCCUGUUCUUGUUCAUGGAGAAACGAUCAUUUGUGAAGCCACGCAAAUCAUAGAUUAUCUGGAACAUACUUUCAAAGAUGGUAAGUUUAUUUUGACCUCCUGCAUUCCUUUUCUUUCUGGAAAGUAGAGUGAAUUGAUUUUGAUCUGUGUAUCAUGUCUUAGAUGUAGGGCUCAAAACAUCUAAUUAACCAUGCAAUUUAAAUAUCUUAUACACAGGGCCGGUAUUUAAAGUGCACUGAUGCUUCUUAGUUUUUAUCAAAAGAUAGACCGUUUUGAAAGAUCAUUAAAAUCCACAUUUUGCUAUUUACACUAAGCUGUCUCAGAUUUUCCAUUCCUGCCGAUAACACCUCACUUCACAUGUAUGAGAACAUUUAUGGAUAUUUCCAUGGUAUCACUGGAGUUUUCGAGGGGUUGUUGUAAAAUAUGCAGACCCAACAAUUCACAGUUCUACUUUAAAUGAUCACUCUAGUGUCAGGAAAACAAACCCAUUUUCCAGACACUAUGUCAUCCUUGGGGAACCCUCACCCUCAGGGUCCCCUUCCCGUGGAGCUGAAGUUAAAACCCCUUCAGCAGCUUACCUUAAUCCAGCACUGGGCUUCCUCGGCGCUGGUGACCUUUCCUCCCCCGCCAACAUCAGAUCCCAUUUGGAGCGGAAUGCGCAUGCGCGGCAAGAGCCACGCGUGCAUUCAAACAGUCCAUAGGAGAGCAUUUCUCAAUGCUUUCCUAUGGACGUUCUGCAUGCUGGAUGCCAGGAAGACAGCCACUAGAGGUUGGAUUAACCCUGCUAUGUAAACAUUGAGCAGAAGUGGUCUGGGUGACUAUAGUUUCCCUUUAAAAAUUUAGGGUUCAUUCAUUGAACAGUAAGUUCUAGUGAGUUAACAUCUAGCUUAUUCAAAACCAGUUGACAAUUCAUUACUGUAUGCAUCACUUUGUAAAUAGCUCAGUUGUUUUUCAUUUUCAUUCCAGCUGUUCACUAGAAGUGUUGCAGGUUCUAUUCCAUGGUACAACAAAAUGACUAGAUAUAACAGGUAAUUAAUUACAUCCAAAUCGACAUACAAUGUUUUGGCUCACAGAGUCCUUCUCAAACCAUUUCGAAAAAUGCUCUAUGUAAGACACAACUUGAACUCUGUUUUGGAACGAAAUCCUUGAAAAGGACUUACCUGUGAUUUCUGGUCAUUCUGUAGUAUUACUGGACUGAGAGAUUUCACUGCUCUAGGCACAUGGCACUGUGAUCUUGUCUGUUCCUUGUUAUAUGUGUGCUAUCUUAUUCUGUUCAUACUAUACCAGAUUCCUUUUCAAUCACAAUUAUGUAGGGUUUAUUCAAUGAACAGUGUUUUGGCCUAAAUAUUGCCAUUUUUUCCAAUUCACCAUUUAGUUUAUAAAUCAAGUUUCAUAAAAUAAGCACUAGUGAGGUGGGUAAUAUGUGUAAUGGCAUCUAUUACAAAUAAAAUAGGUGCGCUGUACCUUUAAAUAUUUAAAAGUGCAAAUAGUGCAUAAAUUAGUGCGAAAAAACAAGGAGUGUGUGCACAGUAUAACCACACUCAGUGUAACAUAUGUGCAAAAUUGCAAGUGAAGUAGUGAAAGACCAAUAUGCGAAUAAUAACUUAUAGAAAAAAUGUAUAUCUCCUUUGGUGCUCCAAAUCGAAUGAGAACAUAUGUAAAGGGAGAUAUAAAAUGGAGAAACAUAGCAUAAUCCAGUUUAAAAAUAAGUAUAAGAACCAACAGUAUAAAAUAGGAAUAUCACUCACAAAGGGAGAGCAGUAAAAGCCUGCUCUAACUGAUCCAGCUUAUAGUCCUCAAACCAGGACUUGAAUGAUGGUACAAGUAGGCAGGACGCCAGCUCUCAAUGUAAACAGCCUUUAUUAAAAGUUAAAAUCCACAGUCCCGGUUCCAUUUAGAAGUCUAGUAACCUUUUGUCAGUGCUGUAUUACGAAUAUCUACCAGUCCUUGGUAAUUUUCGGCACUGCAAGUGGUUUCACUUCCUGGAACUCGGGGUUCCGUCCGGUCACGUGAUGGCGUGAUGACGUAAUCGACGUGAUGACGUGUUUCGCCCAAUCGGCUUCCUCAGAUCACGUCCUAAUGUAGCUGAUCCUGCCUUUUAAAGCCCAUACAAUGGGCGUGGUAUACAUCAAUCGUUUCAAAGACUCCCCAUGAUCUCAUUAGGGGUUGAUCUUCUAAAUGUCAAUUUUAAGAAGUCCCAUAAAAUAUACAACAGCAAUUUAAAAAUAACACAGAGCUGAUCCACUUCCUCAUGGAUAUCUAGUAUAUAAAUGUCCAUAUGCCUUAUUCAAAACAACAAUAAUAAUAAUAAUAGAACACAUAUAUUACACAUAUACUUCUUUCAUUAGCAUCUUAAUAAAGGAUAAAAACAGACACAGAAUAAGAGAAUAUAUAUACACAUAUGUAAAAAAUGUGUAUACCCGAAAAAAACCUUCUAUUAAGGAAGAAAAGGAAGAAGGUAAUUAAUAAUCAUCUUAUUAAAAUAAAACACCUAAAAAUACUAAAAGACAGCAUGCAGAAUAAAAAAUAAAAAAAUAGAAAAUUAAAAAAUAGCAAAUAUUAAAAAUAUAAAAAUGAUUAAAGAUAUUAAAAAAAGUUAUACAAGUCGAAUUCAAUGUUAAGACCCUUAGGUUCAAGGGUAUUUAAUGUGUGAACCCACAGCGCACCUAUUUUAUUUGUAUCUUAUGUAUGGUGUUUUAUGAGCUUUGUACACUUUUAGGUGCUGCUCUACCUUUAUUAUCUUUAUAUUUAUUCAAUAGUAAGCACUUUUAGCGCCUUCUAUUGCUUGUUUGUUUUUUAGUUUUUCUAAUGGCAUCUAUUGCUCGAUCAGAUAAAGCAACAUCUUUAAUAUAAACACAACAUCACUCUAGUUUACACUGAUCAGCCGCAACAUUAUAACUACUGUCAAGGGGUGGGCUAUAUUAGACAGCAAGUAAACAGUCCGUUCCUGAAUUUCAUGUGUUGGAAGCAGGGGAAAUAGGAAAGCAAAAUAAUAUGAGUGACUUUGACAAGGGCCAAAUAGUGAUGGAUAGACAGCUUGGUCAGAGCAUCUCCAAAAAUGACACGUCUUGUGGAUGUUUCCGCUAUGCAAUGGUUAGUACCUACCAAAAGUGGUGCAUGGAAGGAGAUUGUUGCUGACCACAUACAACUCUUCAUGGUAAUGGUGUUCCCUGAUGGCAGAGGCAUCUUUUCAGCAGGAUACUACACUCUGCCACACUGCAAAACAUGUUCAUGAAUGGUUUGAGGAAGAUGACAAAGAGUUCAGGGUUUUGCCUUGGCCUCCAGAUCUUUAUCUGAUUGAGCAUCUGUGGGAUGUGCUGGAACAACAAAUCAAAUCCAUGGAGACCCCACCUUGCAACUUAUGACCUGCUGCUCAUGUCUUGGUGCCAGAUACCACAGGAAACAUUCAGAGGCCUUGUGGAGUCCAUGCCUCAACGCAUUAGAGCUGUGUUGGCAGCCCAAGGGGGACAUACGUAAUAUUAGGCAGCUGAUUUUAAUGUUGUGGCUAAUUAGUAUAUUUUUAAAUAGUUUUCUUUUAAACUAUGUGAUUUGCCUUAGUCUUUUUUUCUCUUACGUAAAUCCACGUUCCUUGUUUAGAUUACACAUGCAUAAUUGUAACAUUGACUAUUGAUUUACUACAGCAGAUCAAAAUAAAACUAAUUAUGUAUUUUGUUAACAGAAAACACACCCAGAUUAAUGCCACAAGAAGGAAGCAUGUAUUAUCCCAGAGUCCAGCACUAUCGAGAACUGCUAGACUCCUUGCCCAUCGAUGCCUAUACACAUGGCUGCAUUCUACAUCCGGAAUUAACAGUAGAUUCUAUGAUACCUGCUUAUGCAACGUCUAGGAUCCGUGGUAUGUAUAAGAAUGCCUGACUCUACUGACUGUUAUCUUUUGGUGAUACAUACCACAUAUAAAAAAUAUAGCUUACGUUCUCUUAAAUACACAUAAUUUGGUGCCUUGAAAAUAAAUAUACACAGACAAAAUUAUUUCAUUGGCCACAUCCACAGACCUUUACAUUAGUAGUGGGGAGCUGGGGACUCAGCAUUUUCAUACAGGUAGGGUGCAUUAACCAAAAAAUAAAUCACUCCAAAUUCUUACUAAAAAUAUAUUACCAUUCGGUUUAUAUACCAAUAGAAAAUUAUUAGAGUACACAAAUAUAAUAUCAGUAUCAAAAGGCAUUCAAGUUUUUUGCCACCAAACUAACUUUUGAAUUAACUUUUUAAUGACAGUUUAUUCUUCAAGAGACCAACAGAUCACUUAGUUUUUGUGUAAUGUUGCCCAAUGCUCAAAUUAUGGUAGUGUCACAUAUAUACAUUGGCAAGGAAAUGCCUGAAUUUAAGUCCAAGCAACAUAUUAUAAUGCCUGUAGGUGUGGUGUCGAUUGAAAACACUGAGCAAACAUACAGCUUUCAACUUUAUAUCAUUCUGACUAAUACCUUCAGACACAAGAGGUACUGCCAGAUUAAUAUUGAUUGUUAAUCAAUCAUCCUAGUCAUUUUUUCUUAUGCAUAUAAUGAUGUGAACAUUGAUUCUGUGGGUCCAUUGAUCAGGCUCAUUACAGCCCUUGUAAAGUAACAACUUUGGGAACUUCUUACCGAUAUCCUGUAUACCAUGGUAACAAUAGCACUAAAUAUUGAAAUAAAGCAAAGCAAAUCUGUUGUUUUUUGGAUUCUUAGCUCAAAUAGGAAAUACUGAAUCUGAACUCAAGAAACUUGCUGAGGAAAAUCCAGAUCUAGAAGAUGCCUACAUAGCAAAACAAAAGCGUAUAAAAGUGAGUUCUUCAGUUGUUUAGAUCUAUAAAAAGUGAAAACCAUAGAAAAUGGGACAGAGCCUGACCACUCACAAACCAAAUACAUAGGGGUAGAAGAAAUGGUAGCAUGUUAACGGGUCAACUUCUGGAAUUCCUACAUAAGGAGUUCCCAACAUUAACUUGGGUAUUUGACUAAUACUUUCUUUAAAGGACCACUCUAGGCACCCAGACCACUUCAGCUUAAUGAAGUGGUCUGGGUGCCUGGUCCAGCUAGGGUUAACCCAUUGUUUUAUAAACAUAGCAGUUUCAGAGAAACUGCUAUGUUUAUAAAUGGGUUAAGCCUUCCCCCUAAUCUUCUAGUGGCUGUCUCAUUGACAGCCACUAGAGGCGCUUGCGUGCUUCUCACUGUGAUUUUCACAGUGAGAGCACGCAAGCGUCCAUAGGAAAGCAUUGUAAAUGCUUUCCUAUGCGAUGGGCUGAAUGCGCGCGCAGCUCUUGCCGCGUGUGCACAUUCAGCCCAGGAGGAGGAGGAACGGAGGAGGAGAGAAGGAGGAGAGCUCUCCGCCCAGCGCUGGAAAAAGGUACGUUUUUAACCCUUUCCCCCUUCCAGAGCCGGGCGGGAGGGGGUCCCUGAGGGUGGGGGCACCCUCAGGGCACUAUAGUGCCAGGAAAACGAGUAUGUUUUCCUGGCACUAUAGUGGUCCUUUAAACUUAUAGUGUUAUUUACUAAUGCAAAUAGUCCUAAAAUAUGAAAAUCCCUGGUACGUUUUGAACAAUUCUCACUCAGGGUUAUUCAGGAAAGUCAGAAUUAAGGUGAAUUCAAAGUGAAUAUCAAAUUUAAGAUCAAAAUAGCCAAACUCCCAAAAAUCUCUAAGUUAGCAAUGCUUUAAGUUCACCUAUCCCUGCCUUAAAUUUAAAACUUUGGCUCCAGGCUUGUGAGUGUUUCCAUUCUCAUUUUACUGUACAUAGUACGUAUUCAUUACAUAUUGCACUAGUCUUUGUACUUCUUUUGUCAUUUUACAGAAAUACGGAAUGCUCCACCAAUUGUAUGUAUAGUUUAAAUUUAAAAACUCACUUUGAAUUCGCUUGGAAUUCUGACUUUACAGAGUUCUUCACAAACACAAGAUUUUGUCCAAAUUCAAAAUAUUGACCAAAUUCUGACCUCGUAGGCAAUUCUCAGAUUUACUACAGCCAAAUGCAGUAAUCGCAUGCGAACCCGUAUAAAGAAUAGGAAUCAGAUAUUCGCUAGCAGCCAGGUGCAAGUGUUAUUUAUGUGGCAGCUGGCCAGACGCCAUAUUAAAAAAGUAAUAAAUAAAGUAAUUAGGUAAUAGCCCCCUGAUUAUUAAUAUUGCAUGGUGAAUGGGGCUUUGGAGGUUUCUCUGGUCGUACCCUAUACCGUUGUCUUUGAAAUGAUGUGUGUCUUCUCUAACCUCUGUUUGUAACUAAUUUUAUACUGACAUGAAUCCACUGUUGUAGUGAAGCCAGAGAAGAGUCAUAGUAUGCAGAGUAAAAAAACACACUUCUUAAAAAUAAAAUUCAUGACAGCCACCUUAACUAUAAACAAUAUAAAGUAGUGGUAUGAAGUCUAUGCCAAAAAGGGAACCUGCUAUGAAGAUAUAGAGUCCAUACUUACAAUAUUAUUACUGUGUCUUUAGGUUUGGUGGGUUGGUUAUGAAGUUAUUACUUUUUGUUUGGUUUGGGCAUCCCUAUUUUCUCCUGUUAUAACAAUCAUGCUGCUGGCUAGUAAUUUUUUGUUUUGUUAGCAUAUAAUAGUAUGGCUUAUGUUUCUAGACAAAAUUGCUGGACCAUGACAAUAUAAAGUACUUGAAGAAAAUACUUGAAGAAUUAGAUAAGGUCUUGGAUCAAGUGGAAACCGAACUCCAGAGACGAAACGAAGAAACACCAGGUGUGUGGUAACAUAAUAUUCCAGCGCAUAUUUCAUAAAACUAUAACCAUCAAAAUAUCUUAUCUCUAAUUCUAAUCAUUGUUUCAAUUACUGUGAAAUGUUUUUCAGACCAAUAUAGAAGUCAGAUUUUAUGCAGUUCUAACCUUUCAAGGAUUUUUUACAUAUUUCUUUCAGCUAAGGAAAACCAUCCAUACCUUAUCUGACUAACUAAGUAUAAGCACUGUUUAGUUGUCAGCAUUUCUGAUAUGAUAUCUUAUAACCUUAUCCCACUGGAGGAGAAGACACAGUCAGGUGCAGAAUCAAGGCCUUGAACAAGAAUACAUGACUGAUUUAAGAUAUACUUGAAAUUAGGCGUAGUGAAAACAUUGAGAGCUAAGCAAGGUUACAUAGUUACAUAGUUACAUAGUUACAUAGCUGAAAAGAGACUUGCGUCCAUCCAGUUCAGCCUUCCUCACAUUUGUUUUUUGCUGUUGAUCCGAAAGAAGGCAAAAAACCCCAGUUUGAAGCACAAUUUUGCAACAAGCUAGGAAAAAAUUCCUUCUUGACCCCAGAAUGGCAGUCAGGUUUAUCCUUGGAUCAAGCAGUUAUUACCCUACAUUGAAAGAUUAUAUCCUUGAAUAUUCUGUUUUUGCGAGCAUGCAUCUAGUAGCUGUUUGAACAUCUGUAUGGACUCUGAUAAAACCACUUCUUCAGGCAGAGAAUUCCACAUCCUGAUUGUUCUUACAGUAAAAAAACCUUUCCUUUGUCUUAGACGAAAUCUUCUUGCAACAGCUAAGGAGGAAAAAAGCCGGCUAAAUAGUAUUUUUAAGACAAAUAAAUGUUAAUAUGCUAGUGUAUAGGGAAACAAAAGCAGAUAACUUCAUAGGAACAUUUGGGAAGAAUUAUACAUUACUCUCCACCAGAGGAAUCUCAACAUCCUGUAUACAACAGAUUCAUGAUACCAGAAAACAAGGAAUUGUAGAGAUGAUACAAGACAUUAAACAUAAAGUGAGGGAACUAAACGUGGAUAGGAGUUAAUUGAAUGAAACACUGAUUCCAUUAGCAAUUGCACUUAGAUCCUAUUCUGAAAUAGCUAAGAACAAAUAAAAUGUAUUAACUUGUACUUAGUUUCAUCAUGCUUCUAUCCGAAUUUCCACAUUCGUACUUGGUCAUGUUUGUUUUGGAUUAGAAUCCAAGUUGCAAUUGCCCAUAUUUGUUUUCACAUUUAUUGAUUUGUGUUCUAGAGGCUCAGUUAUACUGUCUUUUCCCGAAAAUAAGACCGGGUUUUAUAUUAAUUUUUCCCCUGAAACUUCCCCGAACAUAGAUUAGCUUACUUGCGAAUGAAAUCCUGAGAAAAUUCCCCGAACAUAGAUUAGCGAACUAGUGAUUAGGGCUUAUUUUUAGGGUAGGGCUUAUAUUACGAGCAUCCCCCAAAAAUAAGCUAGGGAUUAUUUUCAGAGAAUGUCUUCUUUUCAGGGAAGCAGGGUAUGUACAGCCCUUCUAUAACCUAUUUUUAACAGCUUUUUAUUUUGACAAGAGCAGAUAAAGGUAGUGCAUUUUUCACAUGAAAGUAUCAACAGUUGCAGUACACAAACCUAACCAACUUAACAAUAGCAGUUCCCUAUGACAGAAAUCACAUAGUUUUACAAUCGCUUCAUGCCAUGCGUCAACUUGAAAGUGCUGGUAGCUCAUGAUAGUUUUAACUAAUAAUUCAACAACAAAACAGGGAAAGACUUGGGUGGGAGCAGGUGAUGAAUGCCCACUGCGAUGGAAAAAUGUGAACCGUGAUUUUGUUCCCUAUUACAAGGGAGUGACAUAAUCAUUGCAAUGUGCCCACACAUUAGGUGAUUUUCCUGGAUUUUGGCCUUUAUCUUAUGGAUCAAUGGAACUGAAUUUCCAGCCAAUUUUCCCAGUGGCUAGAUUUAUUUUGUUGAGGAGCUUCUGCGACCUUCUCGGGAAACCUUCUAGGGGCGAGACAAGAGAAACAACAAUGGAUCCACAGUGAAUGAUCUCUGAAAUAUUGCCCCCAAUAACUCUCCCAUCUUUUUCCAAAUGUGGAUCACCACAAAGCAUGUCCUCCAUAUGUAAUAGUAAGUUCACUUCUGGCCACACAUCUGCCAACAAGUCCCAGCCCCCCUCUUUCCUUGGGUCUCUAUAGGAUUUUUCUCACCAACCUAUUACUUUUAUUAUCCAAAUGAAUGUAUCUAUUGCUCUGUACAUCCCCUUCAAAUCAUUUUUAGUAAUGUAUACUGGGAUGGCUUUGAAAAUAAACAGUAAUUGUGAAGUGCAUUCAUUUUUACACAGUAUACUCUACCAAUCCAGGAUAUCAGUUUAUCACCCCAAUUUUUCAAGUCCUUCCUGAGGUAAAGAAACAGUGGGGUAUAGUUAGCCACAAAAAGGGUCUUAGUUGUAUCCGUGAUCUGGACUCCUAGAUAUUUAAUUAAGCAUUGUUUUUGGAUUUUAAAAAUGUCCUCAAGCUGUUAAGAAUCCUCUACAGACACAUGUAUGGGUAAAGCACUGGAUUAGUCAAAGUUAAUCUUAUAACUGGACUGUUUAAAUGAAUCACCUCCCACUGAGGGUCCUCAGUGGGUAGAAGCACUCUAGUGUUUCCGUUGUGAAAAGCCAAUAGUUUGAAGGGGUGCUCCCAGGCAAAUUGCAUGUUUUGUGCCUUUAAAAUUUAUUGAAAUUGCAUGUUGGUCAGAGCUCCAAUGUCCCUUUGGCUCAGCCUUCCCUCCCCCCAAACUGAUUUUAAUAGAUGUUUUUGAAAUCUAUUACCAUGUGGGGUGACAACAGAGUUUAAUAUUUUCAUUAGUUGCCACUUUAAGUGUGUACUCUCUCCUUAAUUUAAUAUUAAAAAAAGCAUAAUAUUUAUAUAUUAUAUUUUUCAUCUCAUUGUUAAUAUGUAUUUGUAUUUUUUGAAUUUAGAUGAAGGCAAAGAGUCUUGGCUCUGUGGACAGUUUUUUAGCCUUGCAGACGUAACCUUAGCUGUGACAUUACAUCGACUGAAGUUUCUCGGAUUUGCUAGAAGAAACUGGGGGAACGGAAAGCGCCCCAAUAUGGAAUUAUAUUAUGAGCGUAUCCUACAACGAAAGACUUUUAACAGUGUUCUCGGAAAUGUCAACAAUAUAUUAAUUUCUGCUGUCUUACCAACUGCAUUCCGCGUGGCCAGAAAACGUGCCCCAUCUAUCCUCGGAUCCACUUUGAUGGCGGGCAUUCUGGCAGGUGCUGGCUAUAUAUUAUUUAUGUGUGUUAGAAAACGUUUAUUCAAUGUAUUCUCAACAUUCAAAAGUAAGCAUUUUUAGCAUCUUAGAGUUAUUAAAAUAACUACAUCCGCAAGUUUUCUCAAAAGACAGAUCACCUUUUAAUCGUGGGCAUAAUAAUUAAAGAAAUAUUUUUUUCCAAGUUAGGAGAUUCGUCCUAAUUGUCAGUUGAAUUAUUUCAUUAUGUUUCGCACCUUCUUUUACAACACCUGAAAUGAAAUAAUUAAUGCUAAUUUUAGAUAUGACUUUUACAGCACCGGUCGGUGAUUGUGAUAUAAUAAGAAGCACAGCUGGUAUUAAAAAGGGAUUAUUCAGCAAAAAGUAUGAAAAGUGGACUUAUGAAGGUAGACAUAAUGUAAUGUGGUCCUACUGAAAUUGAUGCAGAUGUAAUAAAACAUAUCACAAAUGUGGCAUUUCCAGACUUUUCAUUUAUUGAAGACUUCAUUUCUAGUGAACUUUACAGAAUCUCUGCCUAUGAGCUUUUUGAAGUUUACAGAAUUUCUGAAUAUGAACUCUUGUUGAAAAAGUCACAAAAGAG